AUGCACAACACUCGACGUGUAAGCGUCGCGCUGUAUGCGCUUCUAGUGUAUGCGGUCCUCGCACUGCUUGCUGUACAAGUCGAUGCAAUUGGAGUCGUGAGUAUUGACUAUGGCACUGAGUGGAUGAAAGUUGCGCUGAUCAAGCCGGGCAAGCCGUUUGACCUCGUGUUGGGCCGCGACUCGAAGCGCAAGAUCCAAGCAAGCGUAGCGUUCAAAGGGGCCGUCCGUGCUGAUGGCAUUCUCGAAAAGCAGGAGCGCAUUAUGGGCGGUGAUGCGUACGCAUACGCAAGCCGGGAUCCUCUGCAGAGCUACCACGCCGCAAAGCUGUUGCUGGGGCAGUCCUGCAAUGGAUCUACCCCAGCAGCGGCGCAAAUGUACACGGAGGCGUUUGGCAACCUGAUCCAGCCGCUUACCACCGCAAACGGCACUGGCUCCUCUUGUCUCGUGCGCCCUUCUGCAACUGUCGAUGCGGCAUGGCGUCCCGAAGAGAUUGUGGGGAUGCAGCUCGACCAUCUUCGCGAGCUCGCCGAAGACACUGCUGGCGAGAUGCUAAGCAUCGGUACCUUUUCAGAAUUUGGCGGAUACUUUGGUGCGCAGCAUGGGCUCGACACGGUGAUGACCGUUCCCAUCUUUUUCACCUCGCACGAGCGGCAAGCGCUGCUGGAUUCCGCUGUUCUGGCCGGGUUUCGCCCGCGGCUGAUUAGCGACGGCGCCGCCGUCGCGGUCAACUAUGCACAAUCGCGCUCUUUCUCCAAGCCUGAGCGCCAUAUUUUCUUUGACGCUGGCUCCAGCUCCGUCACCGCCUCGUUCGUCGAGCUGGCCGACAGAAAAGACGAAACGCAAAAGACCACCACGGCGAUUCGCGUACUUGAUGCGACAUGGGCGCGCGAGACUGGCGGACUGGAGAUGGAUUUCCUGCUGCGCGAUAUGCUUUCCGACGCUUUUGACAAGCAGCACACGCAGCAGGAGUCUGUGCGCAGCGACAAGCGUGCCAUGGCGCGUCUCUUGCGCGAAGCGAACCGCGUUAAACACAUCUUGUCGGCCAACACACAAGCAGUGAGCCGUGUGGAGAGCGUGUCCAACGAUCUAGACUUGUACACGACCAUUGAGCGCGACGAAUUCGAGCAGGCCAUGAAGCGUUCCGGUCUGCUCGACCGCAUUGCAGCUCCAUUAAAGGAACUCGCACAGCGGAACAAGCUCAAGCUUGGCGAUGUGCACUCUGUCAUCCUUGUGGGCGGCACUACGCGUAUCCCUUCUGUGCAGGCUGUAUUGCGCACUGCCGGCGUGCCACAGGACAAAAUUGCAACGAAUGUGAACGCGGACGAGGCUGCCGUGAUGGGCGCUGCAGUGUGGGCGGCCAACCUCCAGCCGUCUUUGCGCGUCAAGCGAGUACAUGUCGAGGAUGGAAACAUGUACGCCGUCGAGCUCACCGAUUCUGUCGCGAAAAAGCCCAACGUAGUGUUCCCCACUGGACCGCUGAGCUUUUCCGACGUUUUGUACGACGCGAAAAAUAUCCAGCAAGACCUCACCGUCGCAUUGAGUUUCACCACAGACUCUGCCAAGCGUCUCUCUCCUGGACAAGGCACUGGGAUUCUCAGUGCGACUCUGGAAGGCAUCACGGAGCGCCUCGCGCCGCUCAAGGAAGUUGACGCGCUAAAGCACGUCGACUUGCGCGUAAACGCAUCUGUAGUAGGCACGCCGUUUGGCACGUACAGCUUGCAGCGGCCAAUGCUGCGUGUGACGCCGCGGAGCGCUGCGAUUGCCGCCAAGCUGCCCAGCCUGAUGCAGCUCGAGAGCGAGACGACGAGCAACACAUCGACGAAUGCGACGGAACCGAGCAUGGCGCCAGUCGUCGUGAACAUUGCAGCUCGUCUCACGUAUCUUGGAGCGGUGCGUCCUUUGCAAGGACAGGACAAACUCGGGGCCCUGGAGCGCUUGCGCUUGAUUAUUUUCGAGGCCAAGGACCGUGCUGCUAAAGACACGGCGUUUAACGAGCUCGAGUCGUUCCUGUACCACACGCGCGAUUUGCUCGACGAUCCAGAAUUCAAGCGCGCAGCACAGCCCAAGGAGCACGCUGCGAUCAUACAGCGCAACGCAGAACUGUUUGCGUACCACGCCGAGGAGGCCGACGCGGCUGCCACGAAAGAGAUUACAAAGCGGACCAAGGAGCUCGAGAAGCUCGUCAAACCAGUGCGUUAUCGGCUCGAACAGGAAUCGAAGCGCGCACCGGCAGUGGCUGCGAUGCGCACUGUCCUCACAGACACCACCGCGUUUGUCGCUGAGGCGCGCGCGAAUCUGACCAAGGCGCUCGAGCAAGCGCAAGGAAGCAAGUACACCGCGACGGAGCUGGAUAAUUUCGCUUCCUCGCUUGAAAAAGACGAGCGUUGGCUUCAAGACGGUGUCCAGGCACAGGCCAAGCGCGCUCUCCACGAAGACCCCGCGAUCACUGUCGAGGAGAUGGAGCGCCGUACGCGGCGUCUGCGCGACACUGUCGCACGCUUGCGCCGCCGGAGAAUCACCAAGACUCCCGCCAAGAAAAGUAUGUCUGCGAGCACAGCCACGACAAGCGCCGCAGCGAGCACCGUAGCGAGCACCGCCAAGACGAGCACCGCGGCGAGCGCCUCGGCGAGCGCGGCACACACCUCCACGAACUCCGUGCCUGUCCACGACGACCUGUAG